AUGGACUCGGUCGACAUUGUCAGGGGAGACUCGCCUAUGCAGGCAGCCGAACAAGAAACAUUAACGCCUUUGAAUGACAAGCUCGCAAGUGAAAUAGCGAGACUCGAAGAGCUGUUUCGCAUAGAUCAGCAGAAACUGAAAGACAUCACCAAGAGAUUCGAAGUAGAACUUGACGAGGGCCUUAAAGGGAACAACAAGAACGUUCCAAUGAACAUCACCUGGGUAUUAGAUCAACCACACGGUGACGAGAAGGGCAGUUUCCUUACCGUCGACCUUGGAGGUACCAACCUUCGCGUAUGUUGGAUCACCCUGCCAGGAGCUCGCGGCAAACCAAGUAUCGUUCAGGAGAAAUAUCAACUCUCAAAAGAGGUCAAGACAGGCACGGCAGACCAGCUAUGGGAUGAAGUAGCAGAUCGCAUGAAACCCUUCAUUCGAGACCAGAAGCUGGAUGGAACAAGCACACAACCCUUGCCGCUUGGCUUCACUUUCUCGUACCCAGCCAUGCAAGACUAUACCGACCAUGUUAUACUGCAGACCUGGACAAAGGGCUGGUAUGUCAAGGGAGUGGAGGGUGAAGACGUCACAGUACAACCUCGCAAAGCAAUGGACAAAAGAAAGCUUCCUGUCAAACUUGUUGCACUCAUCAACGACACGACAGGUGCAAUGAUAGCAUCUGCAUACCACGAUCCCAAGACAAUUAUUGGUGCCAUCUUCGGGGAACAAGCUUUCGAAAAGAUGAGCGCUGGUCCCUACGUAGGCGAGAUCUUUCGUCUUGUGCUUGUAGACCUGGCAAGACAGAGCCUCAUCUUCAAGGGUCAAGAUAUUUCAAGAGUAGAAGAGUCAUAUAUCCUCGACACCGGUUUCCUCUCCGCAAUCCAAGAUGGAUCAAUCUCCUAA